GAACGAACGGCGGCGGCGACGCGCGCUGUCCUACAUUUUCAGUCGCACGUACACGACAGUGCAUACCGCAGGUGCCUGUCAAUCGUUCUCUCCUAGAUAUUCCGGUCUCGGAUCCGCACGGAGAGGUCCGCGGGUACGCCGUGCAGAGCCGUGGCGAGUCUCGUUGCACGCGGAUGCACCGCCGCCGUCGCAUCCGCGUCAUCGUUCUGCCCGGCGCGACGAUGUUUCCGGAAGCGUGGGCUUUUUCAGCCGCCACCGCCGCCGUCGCUCGCCGCAGGUGCGUCGAACUGUAAGAUCGCGAUCGGUCGAUCGCACCUGGGUGAAACGCACGCCACGCAUCGAAUUCACCUCGAUUUAGAACGAGCUGUGCGUACACGCGCGUUUGUGUGUGGGUGGAUUCGUUUACGCAGGGCUGCAUGCAGAAACAUCACCCGAGUGCUAAAAAUCCUAUACAGCAUAUGUUAUGUGCACUAUAGAUUUUUAGCACUCGGCGGAUGAUGUUUCUGCACGCAGCCCUGCGUAAACGAAUGCACCCUGUGUGUGCCUUUCGUCAAUCAUGUCAACCGUCGCUGAACGCAGGAAAGUGAAGGUAGCCUGUUAUUUCUGCCCGAUGUAAGAAACGAGAAAAAAAAUACAAGAGGAAGAAGCGGCAUAUUUUCAUAUCAACCAGCUAUGGAGGACGAAGACUUUGGUUUCGCAAAGAGAACGGACAAUGUCCUGAAGAAGAUCCUUACCGUUAAUAAUGAUACAGCUCAUAACGUUGAGCAACUAAUCUAUUCUCCACCGAAGACAUCGGAAGUCGUUGGUGGAGGUGGAUCAUCGACACCAGCGCCUCGGAUCGGGGCCGGAAGCGAGGGUUCUGAACGCGCGUCAACCGCCGCUGGCUCAGUCGUGCCCAACACGCCGAACAUACCGAACGUGGUGGAGUACCAUCUUAAAGUCAAGCCUAGGUCAACGACGAGGCACUGCCGACUCGACAACGUUCCCGUGAGUAGCGUUUUAAGACUCUCUCGUGGAGAACGCAGGGCAGGCCGUUUUCAGGUGAAAUAUUUGGGGUCCCAUGAUGCAAGAGGUCUCUGGGGCAUCAAGCACACGAGAAGACCCGUCGAUAAUAUGGUCUCGGCCGCAAAAGCUUUGCCGACUAACACAAUGCUUCCUCUUAUAAAACUGGUAGUUUCCCAGGAGGGAGUUGCCUUGCUGCCGCUGGACAAGAGGAAGCAGGAUGCAAAUUUAUCCAGAAUGUAUCCUAUUGAGACGAUCUCCUACGGAGUACAGGAUCUCGUUUACACCAGGGUUUUUUCUAUGAUCGUCGUUCGUGAGACGGAGAACUUCAGGAGAAUGUCACCGUUCGAAUGUCACGGUUUCGUUUGCGAAUCGAAGUACUACGCGAGGCAAUUGACAUACGCCCUUGCUGCAGCUUUUGAGAAUUAUUCUAAAGCCGUAAAGGCUCAGGAGAAGCUGACCGGAAUCACCACGAACAACACCGCCAGAAAGAGAUUUGCGAUCGACCUGAGGAGUCCCGAGGAAAUCGAAGCGGACCUUACGAUGGACUCCGAAGCGUAACUUCCAAAAUCUAUUGUUAUUUAUUAGAUUAAGUUAUAGAUUAAGACAUAAAUAGAUAUAAAGUUUUAAUUAGAAAAAUUUAAGAAAAGGGAAAAUUUUUUAGAAGGGAUUUGCACGAAGAAAUAAAAAAGCUUGAAAGUGAUGAAUUUGCGUAUAUUUCGAAAACUUACUUCGAAAUAUACGAUUUCGUAUUCUAUAUAAUGCGAUGUAAA